UAACACGCAUCACCGUUUAUGCUAAGUCACUUCCGGGAGAAUGAAAACAAUAAAAAACUAACAUUAUUUUAAGGAAAAUUUAAUCUUGUGCUUUAUAUUGUUCUUUUAGAUAUUAUACAUUUAUUUCAAAUUAACAGUUAUGUUUAAACGUUCGACUUUCACACGCUGAUAUUUUGUGACAUCGCCAACUAAAAGUGCUACCACAGAUUCAGAUUGGGCAAUUUUAUUGACGUUUAGUUUUGUCAUCUGUUUAAACUCGUUCUACAGUUACGAUGCCACCUAAGUUUGCAAGAAUACCGGAUAGUUCAGACAGAUAUGGUGCAAGAGAUAUUGAAAGGCAAUCAUUGCUGGAUGCUGAUUCUGAUGAGGAUGAUUUCUUUCUAAAUGGUCCAAGAGUUAACACAAAGAGACUGAAUGACCCUAAAAUUGGCAGAUUACGUGGUCAGGUUGAGGAAGUUGUAGACGUGAUGAAAGAUAAUGUUACAAAGGUGAUAGAGAGAGGUGACAGGCUUGAAGAUCUUCAAGAUAAAUCAGAUAGUCUAGCCAAUAACUCGGACAUGUUCAGAAAUAGAGCUAAAGCCCUCCAUAAAACCAUGUGGUGGAAAAAUUGUAAGAUGAGAUUGAUAAUGGCGUUUGUGAUUAUAUUGAUCUUGUCCAUUAUUAUCAUUCCAAUCAUUGUGAGUCAAGUAAACAAAAACAAGGGAGGAUAACUCUGUCCAGAUUUUUGUAUGGAAUUUGUUUGACAUGUACAUAAUAUCUUCGGGGUCAUAGAGCACAUACAGGGAUCUUAUUCUAGUGAUGAAUACCGUAGUUAUUAUAAGUCUUCAAGUUUAUAAUUUACCAAAGAAAAACAGGGAUUUAAAACAAGAUGUAUAAUAUUGGGGUUGUUUAAUUUAUAUAUGUAAAAUUUUUGUCUUUCUGACUGGUUCCGAUUAAGGUAAAUUAAGCAACAUGACAAUGCUAUAAAAUCAGGUAACCAGUCAAAACUGCAAAAUCUGAUUGGCUGAAUAUUGAUUCAAAAUUUGAAUAGACCAAUGAACAAGCAGUGUUUAAUGACUGGUACUCAAAUGUUAGGGUUAUAAUGAAACUCACAAACAACAUUCCAAUAUGAUGUAAAUAUUACAGUAAAAUAAUUCCAUGAGGUAUACGGGCAUCUUUUUUCCUUUUUUUUCCUGUUUAAGUCACUUACACUGUUUGAGACAUUUCCUGUAUUACUGCAAGUUUUUUACAUAGGUAAUAUAAAAUUAAAAAUAGUGGACAGGACAGAAUUUUUUUAAACUUUGAAUGAUUAAAGAGAAUCGUAAUUGAAACAAAUUUAUAAUAAAUUUGAAUUUGACAUCUUAUUUUUUGAGUUACCUGCCCCUAAAAAUGAGAUUUUUUACUUUUAGAGCUCAUUUUCAUCCUGAAGUUUGAAAAGAUUCUCUUAUCUAAUUCCUGUGGUAUUAGAUAAUUAACUAUAAGCUUGCUGUCGUCAAUUUUAUUUACCCGUGCAAACAGUGCAGACAAAGAUCAGCCGGCAUGCCCUAGCUGUUCGAUGAUGGUCUGCAUUGUUUGCUAUUUAGCCAUACAUAUUUUCCCCGACAUAUUUUUCAAAUUUUCCCUAAAAAAUGAUAAUUGGUUUAGUCCAUAUUGAGAGAUGGAAAAGUGCAUUAAAGAUAUUUAACUUACUAAUUGCUAAUCACAGGAAUAAACCUGAACCUUUUAAAUGCUAUGGACAAUAAUAACUUUACCUAUUCCACCUGUAUAAACUCAUAUUAUCCUGCACUUUUAACAGUCUGACAAGAACUACAAACUAAAACCUCUAUAGAGCAACCACCCUUUUGAAGACAAAUAUGUUGGUUGUUACUGAGAGGCUUUUGCUCCACAAAGGUUAAAUUUAUUGUGAAGUCUUACUUUGGGAAGAAAAAAUCUUACUUUAGGAAGAAAAAGUCUUACUUUAGGAAGAAAGACUUACUUUGGGAAGAAAAAAUCUUACUUUAGGAAGAAAAAGUCUUACUUUAGGAAGAAAAAGACUUACUUUGGGAAGAAAAAGUCUUACUUUGGGAAGAAAAAGUCUUACUUUGGGAAGAAAAAGUCUUACUUUAGGAAGAAAAAGUCUUACUUUAGGAAGAAAAAAUCUUACUUUAGGAAGAAAAAGUCUUACUUUGGGAAGAAAAAGUCUUACUUUGGGAAGAAAAAGUCUUACUUUGGGAAGAAAAAGUCUUACUUUGGGAAGAAAAAAUCUUACUUUGGGAAGAAAAAGUCUUACUUUAGGAAGAAAAAAUCUUACUUUAGGAAGAAAAAAUCUUACUUUGGGAAGAAAAAAUCUUACUUUAGGAAGAAAAAGUCUUACUUUAGGAAGAAAAAGUCUUACUUUAGG